UGUUGCUGAACUCUCCGCUGCUAUGAGCUUCCUCAAAAGUUUCCCACUGCCCGGGCCGGCCGAGGGGCUUCGGCGGCAGCAGCCAGAUACCAAGGCUGUGCUGAACGGGAAGGGCCUAGGCUCCAGGACCCUCUACAUUGCUGAGAACCGCCUGUCUUGGUUAGAUGGCUCUGGAUUAGGAUUCUCACUGGAAUACCCCACUAUUAAUUUACAUGCGAUGUCCAGGGGCCUAAACGUCUAUCCACGAGAGCAUUUGUAUGUAAUGGUGAAUGCCAAAUUUGGAGAAGAAUCAAAAGAAUCUGACAAGAGGACAUCCCCUACAUUUUAUACCUAUGAAAAAGGAUUAUCCCAUUUAACAGCAGAAGGCCAAGCCACAUUAGAGAGAUUAGAAGGAAUGCUUUCUCAAUCUGUAAGCAGUCAGUAUAAUAUGGCAGGGGUCAGGACAGAAGAUUCAAUAAGAGAUUAUGAAGAUGGGAUGGAGGUGGAUACCACACCAACGGUUGCUGGACAGUUUGAGGAUGCAGAUGUUGAUCACUGAAAAUGUUGAUCAUGGCUUUAAGAUUCUGCUAAUAACUGUAGGAGAGAACUUGGUGCCUCUUCCACUCUGGAGUGGGGUUGAUGACAGUCUUUUUCUUUCUCCAAAACUCAUCUGAAGCAGUUAUUUCUCGAGACAUACUAUAUUGAGACAAGUUGUCACCAGCAGAAGAUACUAUGACCUUUAUUAACAAAGAUGAAUUAACUUAACCAAGAGGGUAUUUGUAGUUUAUUGUUUACCCCAAAACUUUCUGUGGCUAGGUACCCUCUGAGUAGGCCUAUACUUCCUGCCUUCGCUGUUUGCGUCUUCUGUAAGCUGGCAGGCCUAUGUGGUGAAAAUGCCUAGGA